AACAUAACAACUUCCGGUUUGUCAUUGUGCGUUGAAAUAGAACAAUAUUUGGACGUGUUUCCAGUCCUGUGUUUAAUAACGGGCACUGUCAUCAUAAAAUCAGCAACCUGCCCAUUGAAAUGUUGAAGUUGGCAGUUAUUUUGUUCUUGUUUGGGCCGAGUUUUCAACUAGAUUUACCGACAUGUCGGCCAGGUGAUUACCAUUUUGAGUAUACAGAAUGUGACAGUAAUGGUGGCAGAUGGAGAGUCCAAGUACCAAAGAAACCAAACUCCUGUACAGGUGGAGCACCUCGUCCUGCUGUCAGGGGCAAAAGUUGUGAUUUCACUUGUGAUAAAGGGCAGUAUUUAGAUAUAUCUGGAGACCAGGAAUGUAAGCAUUGUCAAUCUGGUACAUUCUCACUUGGGGAUGGCAUUAGAUUUGAAAAUUGGGAGAAAAUUCCAGAAGGAUUUACAUCUACAGCAGAGUCAUUCAGAUUCCGCCAUUUUGAGAUGGGAGAAGGAGAGAAUGAGGACACGGUGAACUGUUCAAGCAAUGCAUUUUCUGCCAAAGGAAGUUAUCUGUCUGUCACCCCAGGAGAUUGCAAUGCUCAGUUGACAUACUCUGUUAAUCUAGUCAAGACAGGCUCAGUUCUGUUUGAGUUUCAGUAUCCUGAGGAAUCAGAAGGAUCGGCUUUGUUCCAUUUUACAAUUCAAAAUGACCAAUGUGAAUCUGAUUUAGAUCAUUCACACAAGAAUCAGUGGCCAACAAAGACUAAAAGUGGAGCUUGGGGACACAUUGGUACCAAAUUAGAGAAAGGCUUAAAUGUAUUGAAAUGGAGAGUAGUGGGAAUAGGUUCAGACAGAAGUAAACAAACAGUUGCACCUGUACUGAUUAGAAAAAUUGAAGUUACAGGUGUGGGUUUUACAUCAGUAUGUGCACAAUGUAAAAGUGGGACGUACAGCAGUGAAGGUUCUGAAAUAUGUACACCUUGUAAACCUAACACAUUUUCCAAACCAGGAGCAGAUAUGUGUAAACCAUGUAACCUGGCUACUGAAUAUUCAUAUGAAGGAGCUGGUGUUUGUACCAAGAGACCCCCAUGUACUAAGGAUGACUACUAUCAGAUCCAGUUACCUUGUGUCAAUGGGAAGACCCAGAAAUCAUUUGAGUGGAUACAACCUCAGAUUUGUCGUAAAGAUGUACCAGAGUCCAUUCAGCUGCCCGGUAAAACUGAUGCUGAGGACUGUCCACCUUGUAACCCGGGAAUGUUUCUAUCUAAGACUACUGGUUGUCAGUAUUGUCCAGAUGAUCAGAUGUCAGAUGGAAAAACACCAUGUCAGAAAUGUCCUGCCUCAACUUCACCAGAUUUUAACCUUGAAAUGAAUUGGUUUAAUACAAUGCCAAACAACAUGUCAUCUGAAUGUAUACUUUUUUCUGACGACACAUGUAAGUACAACUCCAGCUGGAUGCCAAUGGGAGACCACCUUGUUACACACUUUGGUCGCAGUGAGGACGCUUAUUUACUGCUGAUGCAGACAGUCUCAGGAUUUAGAACUGCUGAAUCAAAGGACCACAGACAGAUUGUUGGAACUAUUUCAUUUGAAUUUUCUACCCAAUGCUCCGGAAGAUGUGAAUUUGUUUUCCUUGUAGAGUAUGAUGGUCAUAGUGAGGUUAAAAAAGAAUGGUCAGGUCCUAAGCCAAAAACACACUUCUCGUUUGAUGUAUCCAACUCAGGUCCAAUGACAUUCUCCUGGGCUUUCCAGCGCUCCUAUAUUGGACAUCUUAGCAAUGGACAUGUUGCUGAAAAUGAUCUGGCUAGAAUGUACAGUAUCAAAAUAACAAAUUCACUAGAUGGUGGUGCUGUAGGCUGUAAAAAAUGUCCUAAGGGUGUGGUUGAUAACAGAAAGAAUCCUACAGCUAGGUGUGUUCCCUGUCCAGCUGGUCACUACAUUGAUGUACACAGUAACUCUACAACUUGUCAAGCUUGUCCUCUAAAUACAAUCAUCAGACCAACUAAUGCCUGGGGAAAAGAUAAUUGUGUGGAAUGUGGUCAGGGUCUUAAGGCUUCAGCUGCAGGAGAUAAGUGUGUCACUGAUUGUACAUUUACUGACAAGGAGGGCAAACUUUAUGACUUCACCAAGUUAAAUAAGAUAACAUUUGUAAAGGGAAGUAAUCUGUUUACUGGAUCAGGAACUAAAUAUUACCAUGGAUUUAAUAUCAGCUUAUGUGGAGGAGACAAAAUGGUCACAUGUACACAAAAUGUUUCAUCACCUGAAAAGUCGACAUCAGAAAGUAAAUUUUCAGAAUCAUCUCUAGUAAAAGGAGUAGUUUGUAGAUCUACAAUUAUACCUUCUACUGAUGCUUCAAAAUCACUCUCUACACAGCCUACCAGUCUUGGUGACUACAUUGACAAGAUAGUUACUAACAAAAGUCUGGUAGAGAUGUAUAAGAAAGAAGGAUAUUCAACUGAGGGUUCAGAAAAAGACAUACAUUUCUAUUCUAAAUCUGAAGAUUCCACAGAUGCAUGUCCAGAGGGACGUAAUACAAUAAUCUCCUUGAAAUGUGAUCAAAAGAUGGAAGAUGAUGGAGAAAUAGUUUUCCCGCCAAAAUGUGUAUAUGGAACAUGUGAUGGCUGUAACUUCCACCUGCUGUGGAAAACUGUGUAUGCUUGUCCUAAGUGUGCCAAGGAAGAUUUUGUUAAAAUUGUAGCAGAAUGUGUGGAUGGAUCACAGAGUAUACAUUAUACUAAACCAGAUCACUGUAUAGGAGAGCCACCAGCAAUUGAAACACAGAAAUGUGCCAUUAAACUUCCAUUCAUUGUAAAAGUAGUAGUACCACCAGUGGUUGCCCUUGGACUUAUUUUACUGAUAUGUGUCAUAUACUGUUGGCAGAGAAAUAAAAAUUUAGAGUAUAAGUAUAUGAAGUUGACCCACCAGAAUGAGCCAACCUAUGAUGGCGAGUUACCAGGUGUAGAUUCCUGUGGUUUGUCUGAUGGAGAAGAAGAUCAGUUUGACUCUGUACAAUUUAAAACAAGCAGAGGAUCAAAAAUACUCAAUAAAAUAAGAGGCAAAAGAUCUGAUAAGGAUGAUGAGAAUCCCUUUGAGACUGGACGCGGUGAGAAGAUACCUCUGACGUAAAGACAACAGAUAUGAUUUUAUUCCAAGAUGGCCUUAUGUUUCUGUCCAUUUCAACAAAAUGAAAUCCAGUAGUUAACAUUUUCUGUUGCUUUUAUUGUCAAACUACAAUUUGUCUCAAUAUUAUAUUGAAAGAUCAUUGAUGUAUUCCUAUAAAAAAAAGUCACAGAGGUUCUUUCCUAUAGUGAAUAUAUAAUACCAUCUUGGGUACCAGGACAAGGUAACAGAGUGUAUACCUCAUGGCUACAGUAUUUUUCGAUUAAGAUAUUUAUUUUCCAGUCAUUAAAUAUUUUUUAAGCAAAAUUAUAAAUUGUCAAAAUGAUUGAUAUUACAUGUAUUAAAGUAAAAUUUAAGUUUCUUUUAUUGUAGUUUUAAAUGUGAAAUUGACAAAUGAAAAGUUUCACAUGUUCAUAUAUAUAUCUAUUUAAUUUUUGAUUGUCACAAUCAUUCAAAAUAAAUUGAAAUAUUUAAUUGAUUUAACUGACUUAGAACAGUUCAUCAAAUGUGUUGAAAAAUCAUCAUACUAGUAUACAGUGUGUAAAGGUUGUCAUAUAGUUAGACAAUGGGACCAGUUUGUUUUUUAUUCCAAUGUUUACAGUAGAAGGGACCUGUUUCAUUAUUUUCUGUACAGAUACAAAGUAUCAUUUAACACCUUAUUUUGUGAUUAUUUUCUUUGUGAAUGGCAUAUACAUAUUUGAUUGAAUUUAUUUUACAAAUUAUUUACUUUUAUAAUUAACAGAUUUAUCACUUUCAUGAAAAACACUUUGUUGUGGCAUUACAAGAAAUUGUGUUGUAUUUUAAUGAACCAUGUACUAACUUAUGAAAAAAAAUCUUGUUAAAAUAUUUGUACAUUUGUUUAAAACUUUACGAAUGAAUAGAUAUGGUCAAAAUAUCCUUCAGUAUAACCUUUCAUUCUUUGUUUACAUCAAAUUAUUAUUUUAAAAAGACAUGAAACCAAGCCAUACCUAAUCUUUACUAACAGUGCUAUUAAAAUGACAAUUUUUGUAAAAGGCAUAAUAGCCAGAGAAUUAUUUAAGUUAGGUGUUUACAUAAAACAUAAAAGUAUUAAACAAAAAAUGAAUUUAUUCACAAUUAUUUACUUAUUAGUUAGCUAGAUAAUAUAUUUUUCUUCUUAAAGACAGAGAUAUUAGAAUCAGAGGUGCUUUAUUAUGUUAGUUUUCUGCAUUAUCAAUCAUGUUUUAUAAGAAUUGUGACGCAUAUUUUGUGAAGUUAUUGUUUUGAUUGUUUCAAUGUUUAAAUAUCUCUAUGAGAGGGAAAGGAAAUCCAUUUUAUCAUCUGUUUUAUAAUACUUUGUUGAUAUUAGAUGUGUAUUUCAUGUAGUUAUGUAUUCAAUAUAUGGUGCUGUUGAAGCUUAUUGUUGUUGCAGUGAGGAUUGGAAGUUUCUUCCUCUUUUUUUAGAAAAAGGGGGUGGGAAUGGGGAAUGGGGACACUUACAAAUUGGUAAAUGGCAUUAAGUUCUAUGCUUGUUUUUCAACUUGUGACCGAAUAUCUUUAAUGGUUUCUUCAUUUAAAUUCAAGCACAUAUUUCAAGGUAAUAUAGAAUCUUUAAAAUGGGCUUGUUGUGGACUCUGCUAAAAUGUUCAGUAUAUUUUUGUCAAAUUUUCUUUUAAAAGCCAAAAACAAAAACUGCAUGUUUGUAAAUAGAAGCUCGUUUUCACAUUUAGUAAAUAUUUUUGUUUCAAACUUUUGUUUCAUACUUUUAGUUAUUAACAAAGUUCUAAGUUAACAUGGCUUGCUUACAUGCAUAGUUGACCAGUUUAUUUUUAUUUUUUCAGGUCUUUUAGUCAUUAUUUUGUUGGAUAUUUUUUAACUUGUUAUUUAACUUGUUAAAACACCAAUAGGUUGUGAGUUCAAAAUGUUUUCCUUUUACAUAGUUUAUUGUUUUUUGUUUAUGCAUAAUUUUGGGGUAAUGGUUGUGUGUAAUAUUUUUUUUCUUUCUCACUUUAUUAAAGCAAUCAAAUUUUGUAUUUUACACGAUUAAAAGAACUUUAUACUUUUUUUUUUUGUAAACGAUUGAUAUUGUACUAAUAAGAUAAGCUUCUGUUUAGGUAUAUAAUUAUGUUAACAAUAUAGAAGUUUGUUUAUUUUGUGUCAGUCUUUCUGUAUUUGAGUUGUUAUGGCUAUAUUGUAUCAGUUUUGUGAAUGCUCAAAAUCUUUUUGUUCUAGAUCUGACAAUCUGUAGAGAUUUAAAACUUACCUUUAUGUAUGUUGUUAUAAAUAGUGUCAUUGAAGAUGAAGAUCUGCCAUAAUUCUGUUAUUUGUUUCAGAAUCUUAUGUAUACUGGGUAAUAUUUUCAAAUGAUUAUACAAAAUGUUUGAUCUGCCAAUUAAGCCCAAUUCAAUUUGGUGAACAAUCAAAUUGCCCUUUGUCCUUUGAAAUACUGAAAUGGCUAAGGUAAGCAUAAUUCAAUCUUCUUUUAACUACUUGAUCAAUAUCAUCGCUAUAAAUGGCUUUUUUUUUUAGGGUAAAAUCAAAAGAGGUUGCAAUAUAUUUUUCUCUUCUUUAUUCUCUUUUUUUAUAUUUUUUUGUGUUAGAAUCUGUCAUAUUAAAACUUGUUACUGUGACUUGACUACACCCAUUGUAGUUCAUUCAAAAUUCUGACCCAAUUGCAAUUUUCCCUUUCAUAAUGUGCAUCAUAAUCAUAAGCAUCAUGUACAACAUUUAAUGAUGUUUCAAUCAAGCAAGGAAUCUGAAAAUAUUUCUCUUUUCCUUUUCAUAUUGCAUGAAUGCCUGAAUAAAAUUUCUUGUACGCAAAUAAUAUGGCAACAUGUAUAAUUCUGACUUGGUCUAUUUGAACUAUUGUAAAAUAUUUACACCUAUAAUUAACCAGGGUAGAGUUUCAAUCAGUGUAAGCUUUUUCAUCACCCAUACUCAGUUAAUCAGUGCAAUAUAAUUAGAAUCUCUAUUACACAUGUAAUACACAUUGUUUAUCUUAUCACACAUGUAGGUUGUGUGUUACACAUGUAGAUUAUGUAUUACAGAUGUAGGUUAACUUAGCAUUCCACCUUUACAUUCCUUUUUUGUUAUUUUUGGUCUUUGUUUACUAAUUUAAAAAGCUAAUAUAUAUAAUAUGUCAAUAAAGUUUCUUUUAUUAUCAACUUUGUUA